AUGCAGGGAAAACAUUUAGUUUUCGUCACUGAGAGGGAAUGCAUCAGCUUAAAAAGUAUCGAUGGAAAGAAUGUAGUUACAGAGGAAGUUGAGAAGUUGUGCUCUUCACAUGAGGAGGCCGAUGCCAGAAUAAUCUUGCAUUGUAACGAUGUUGCCCCCAAUUCACCAGAAAGCUCGGUUAUACUAGUGAGAUCCCCUGAUACCGACUUGUUCAUUUUACUUCUAAGAUUUGUACGUCAUAUAAACCAGACAGCGGAACGGGUGACAAGCGCCGACUUGUAAAUAUUCAGGCUGUUGCUAAGGAUCUCGGAGGUGAGAUUAACCUGGCUCUUGUAGCUCUGCACCCAUUUACUGGUUGCGAUACGACCAGUGCUUUUGUGAGAAGAGGGAAAGUAAAGCCACUCACAUUCCUCAAAAAAACAUCCUGAGUUUCUUCCAGCGUUUCAUGGUUUAGGAUCGAGAGUUCACAUAGAAGACAGAGUAUUUAAAGAUCUUGAAAAGUUUACAUAUCUGAUGUACGGAAGCAAGUUGGGCGACAUCAACUCUCUCAGAUACGAAAAAUUUAUUGAGAGAUUCAGUGCAAAGCCAGAAGAGGUACUGACAAGCUACAACGGUGUUGAAAUGAGUCUUCUUCCACCUUGUCGAGAGAGUCUGAAAAUGCAUGUGAGAAGAGCAAAUUAUCAACCGCUCAUAUGGAAGAAAACUUAUCAGGCAACACCAAAUAUCCCAGGACCAGACGGACAUGGCUGGAACACUAAUGUCGAAGGUGAGCUUGAAAUCUGCUGGACGAACUGCAAUCUCAUGCCUCAGGAACUCGCAGACAUCAUAACCGGCACUUUGAGUCCAUCUCUGAAGAUGAAGAAGAUGUUACUGUCGAUUACGAAGAUAUUGGCGAUGUUGUUUUAG